AGUUCGCCGGGAUUCGGGUCAUCAAACUACCCUUUGAACGUUGAAGUAUUCUGGUUGUUUUACAACGCCAACACCACCCAUUAUAGAAUCGUUCUUGACAUUAUCAGAAUUAGUAUUGAGAGAUCAUAUAAAUGUAUCUAUGAUCGGCUCGUCUUGUAUAAUGGAUCAUGCAUAAAAGAUGGUGUCCAUGAUACUGUAUGUGGUUACUGGAAGAAACAAUGGAAUCUUGAAGGUCAAGAAUAUCUUCUCCAUUUCCAUAGUGACGGUUAUAUCACGCAGUCAGGGUUUUUGAUCAAUUACUACGCAGAGGAAAAGGCAGUGCCAAUCGCAGAAACAACUUCGACAACAACGUUUGGUCCGCCAGUGGGCGCUGUUGUAGACGCAGUCAAAGAAAUGUUAACUAACUAUUCAAAUGAAAAUCUGCCGACAAGAGACCUUAGUGAAGCUUUAAAAGCUUAUGUCGAUUUCUAUUUCGUUGGAAUAAACGGACUGGACGAGGUCGAACAAAAGCUAACUUCUACAGGACAAUUUGAGGUAAAGUGGGAAGAUCCAAAUCUAUCCUGGGACCCUACCAAGCGCCAAGGAGUCGUUCAGGUGCUUCUCCCACAGAACGACCUCUGGAAACCGGACAUUGCAUUGAUGAACGGGUUUUCUAAGAUAACUGCAAUGGGAGCCAAGUUCAUGUUUAUAGACAUCAAUUAUAAUGGAUCUUGUAUAUGGAAACCCUAUCAGGUUAUGGAGUCUGUAUGUAAAGUAGAUUUAACACACUAUCCAUACGACAGACAGAUAUGCAUCCUCAAGUUUGGGACUUGGUCAAGCGACGACAGUGAAGUUGUUACAGAGCUUGGAACGCUUGGACUUCAAAUACAUCCAAACUUUCAAAAGAAUUCUAAUUGGAAACUAAUUUCUACAGAAACCAAACAAGAAAUAAACAAUAAUCAUAAAGUUGUAGAAUUUUACUUGACUAUUGAACGUUAUUCCCGUUACGUGACCUAUUAUAUGACAAUCCCUGUCAUAAUGUUGGCUUAUAUGAAUGUUGUUACGUUCAUAAUUCCUACUGAAUCAGGAGAAAAAUCGGGGUUCAGUGUCACGAUAUUUCUUUCCUUUGUUGUUCUCUUGAUAAUCAACAACCAAUCGUUGCCAGACAACUCUGACACCAUCUCCCUGUAUGCUGCAUUUCUGCUGACAAUGACCAUAAUGAGCGCAAUUGCCCUUUUGAUAAGCGUAUUGCAAAUAAGAGCUAUAACAUUGGUUAGCCGAAGGUAUCCGAUUCCACAAUGCUUCGAAAAAUGAUUGACUACACAUUGAAGUUUCGGGCAUA